AUGCUCUGCAGACUGACUCUUGCUGUUGCCAUGGUGUGUGUCGGUGGCAUAUGCAACUGUGUGCAGGCCGAUCUGAUGAGCAGACUGAUCAUACCGAGGGACUACGGGGUGAAACUGUGUGGGCGAGAGUUCAUCAGAGCAGUCAUUUUCACCUGCGGUGGCUCCCGGUGGAGGCGAUCCGCAGAGGGUGACUUGGAUCCCUUCCAGUGGAGUUCCCUCCGUGACAUUACAGUGGAGAACAACCAGCACACCUGGCAACCAGGCGCAGAGCUCACAGAUGACCCCUCUCCUCGCCAUGUUGCCUCAUCUUACUCCCUGGCAGACCUCCUGGCUCUUUACGGGCAGCGGCAGUCACUGAGUGACUUGGUCCCUCUGGAGGCGUCACAGCCAUCCACGGUUUUGAGUGAGCAAGACGAGAACCCAGCUGCACCUGACCGGCCCAUACAGAGUAAGAAGAAGAGGAACUUUUCUUUAGGUGUGGCAGGAAAGUGCUGUAACCAGGGCUGUACAAAAAAUGACAUUGGACGCUUGUGCUGAGGCAGGGAGGAGGGGUGGGCGAUGGCCGAGGGGUCGUGACAUGAAGACGAGCAACAAUGGACAGUGUACAGUUGUGGAAAGGUGUGGGAGGUAAAAUAUGGAGGACAGUAAAUUCACAUCUGCUGUUUAAUUGGCCCUAGUUAGCUAUUUCCACAGAAUAGACAAAGCAUAGUGACGACUAAGAGUCAUCACAACACACCGUCAUGUCUCUCUGUCAUGUUGUCUCCCUCUCGUAUUAUUCUCCGUCACUUGUCUGAUACUUUGUUUAUAUAAAAAGACCUUGUACUGUAUUUCACCCUUUCAGCAUCACUGACAAUAAAUUUUAAAUACUGUGUUCAUAUGAAAUGUUGAGCAGCAGCAUCUAUGCACACGACACGAUUAUGUGCGUGCAAAGGAUGUGGAGCAAUAAGCAGCAUCCGUGUUCUCGCCUGCAGACUGUGUGACUAAACGAGGUUCAUACUAGCACAGGCCAAUAUCACACAUUACUGUCAUUUAGGUUGCUGUGAACUUAUUGCUGGCCUCUGUUCACAACAUUACACCUGCCUGAACAUUUUCUGUCAACACCCUGAG